CCCUCAUUUCGGUAUCUGGAUGACAUUAAAGGCUUAAUGAGGGGCCGAAGGGCUAUUCAGGUCAAGGUCACCACAGCAAGGUCAAGAUGGACACCUCUACUGAGGAAGUUGUAGGAAUCCCUGAUGCUAAUAUCCAGAAAUAUAGAGAGAAAUUUGAGUCAGAUCCGAAGAACCUAUUGGCACAAAACGUUUGCACUAGACAUGAUCCUUUUGAAGCUGCUCUGAAGCGAAACAAACUUACUGAACUGAGCAAUGUGUUUAGUCAUAAGAUUUCAUUGGAAGGCAAACCUGUGACAAAUCAAAAAGCCUCUGGCAGAUGUUGGAUCUUUGCACUGUUCAACUGCAUGAGGGUGCCAUUCCUUAAGGAAUACAAUAUAGAAGAGUUUGAAUUUAGUCAAACCCACAUUUUCUUCUGGGACAAGGUAAAUGAACUGUUCCAGGCCCAGCUUAUUGCCCAGUCCAUUGGUCAAGCCUUCCAGGUGGCUUACUUGGAAUUCCUGAAAGCCAAUGGUAUUGAUGACCCAGGCCUCCUGAAGGAGAUGGACUACCAAGAUGUCCUGAACCAGCAAGAAAUAUAUGGAGAGGAACUAGCCAUGUUUACUAAUAGAGACAAACAGAAGGAGGUCAUUGUUCCAAAACUGAAGAGUGAAAUCCUGGGUAUAGUGAUAGUGGAGUCAGGCUGGGGAUCUAUGGUGCCCACCGUGGUGAUAGCCAACAUGGCUGCCAACGGCCCUGCAGCCAGAUGUGGACAACUUAAUAUUGGAGACCAGAUCAUAUCCAUCAAUGGUGUCAGCUUAGUGGGAUUACCUUUGUCAUCUUGUCAGAAUUAUAUUAAGGCAUUAAAAUCACAGACAGUGGUCAAACUGACUGUAGUAUCCUGUCCACCAGUGGUGGAAGUGAGAAUUAAAAGACCUGAUGUCAAGUACCAGCUGGGGUUCAGUGUCCAAAAUGGAGUUAUCUGCAGUUUGCUCCGGGGUGGCAUAGCUGAGCGGGGAGGAGUUCGAGUUGGCCAUCGUAUCAUAGAAAUCAAUGGAGAGAGUGUGGUAGCUGUGCCACAUGAGAAGAUUGUCACUCUGCUGGCAAAUGCUAUAGGAGAGCUUCACAUGAAAACCAUGCCAACAGCAAUCUAUAGAUUGCUUACUGGACAAGAAAUCCCUCACUACAUAUGAGCUUAGUGCAAAGCCUGAAAGACAAGGCAGCAUCACAUUGGGACAUACUGUGUAAUAGGAAGAAUAGUUCAACGGAUGUGAACUCGUGUUGUAAAACAGGGCCAUUGCUGUGUUCUUAUGGUGUACUCAACGGGGACGCUUUGUACAAGUUGUGAGAGAGCCAUAGGUGCUCUUAAAUGAUUUAUCCAUAGAGAUAAACAUGUAUAUAUCACCACAUUGAGAAUAUAGUAUUCUUGCCACCCAGUUUUAUAUCUACGCUAAUGAAGCUGACAGUACAGCACCUUUUCUUAAUGGGCCUGGACUGCCUUGCCAGAAUGUGUUCAAUCACCGUCUGCAAUCACAUUGCCUUUAUCCACUGCAGUGCAUGAAGCAGUAAGGCUCCUUGAACUACAAUCAGACCCUACUUCAACUCCUAAAUGCCAAGGACUAAGUGAAGAGACUGAAGGGUCCAUUUUUCCCCCCAGCCCCCUACCACCAACUUAAGAGCGGAGAACUGUACUCCCUAAGUAUAUUGUUGAAUCAUCUACCUUGUCAUAUUUACAAUAGCUCAUGCUAUACAAGUGUUUGUUGUUUAUUCAGUGACAGUUAACGACAAUAACUGGACCUGAAAAGAAUAUUUUACCUGCUUUUUAGCACCAUACUGUAAUAGCCGUCUCAUUCAUGACUUACCCAAGGCAGAGGUGAACUCCAGUACUUCGGUAGAGCUUGGCAGAAAAUUUGGUAGUCACAGGGUAGAACUCUGCAUGGAGAAGGAACUUCCAAGAUCACACAUGAACUCAUUCCGACUAGAAUCUGGUGAAACAGAUUAAAAGUGGCCUGUGCACUUACAUAUGGAGAAAAGCUGAAAAAAUUGCUUACAAUCAUUGCUUCCAUAAUACUUGUAGUUAUAUGGAUUCAUUUUAUUCAGUGUAUUGGUGCUGAAAGAUGAUACAUGUGGCAAAGCUGAAAUUAUUAAAGUAAGAAAUAUAUGCUCUCUAAAUUGUAACAUGUAGUAAUUAUGUUGGUCUUUGUAUUCACUUCAGUAUACUACAUGUACUUCAAAAAAGGUGAAGAGUAGUACAUGAGAAUGUAUUUUAGGUUAAAUGUCUGAGAAAAGGAAAGAUGGAUGUUUAGGUAUUUAUUGCUUUUUUAUGAAGCCUCAAGAAUUUAAUAUUCUUUAAAAAAAGGUUUGUACACAAAGUAAAGAAGGCUUUUGAGUCUUAACUGACUUUUUUGUCAAACAUUGUAAUGCCAAUAUGUGGAAAAUUAGUUUAAAUUUGUACCUUUUCGGAGACAAGGUAAACUUUUAAGGUACUUUUCAUAAUAUUAUAAGUAAGAAGAAAUUGAAAUCAUUUAAGGUAAAUGAUGUGUAUUAACAAAUUUACUUUGUUCCAACCAGUAUUGAUAUGUGGUCUUAACAAUUUAUGGAGUAGUAUGCCCUAUGGAGAUGUUGUAGUUAUGUUAUUGCUGUUGUUAGUGGCAUAUGUGCAUUUCCCAAAUAUAUCUCUGAUUACCCAUCAUUUUCUUUGAUAUAGUGAAUGUUACAUUGUUCUUUUUGGGCUUACUGUGGCCCUGUUUAAAUUAAUUUCAUGAUAAAUAAAA